AAGUCCAUCAUGGACUGUCUAACAAACAACCAUUCCAUCUCCUUCCUUGGAUGUGCCUCACAGGUUUUUCUUGUUAUUUUUUUCGCUGGAACAGAGUUUGCCCUUCUUAUAGUAAUGUCCUAUGACCGCUAUGCUGCCAUCUGCCACCCUCUGCAUUAUGAGACCAUCAUGAGCAGAGGUGCGUGCUUGCAAAUGGUGACUGCAUCUUGGCUCAGUGGGUGUGUCUACGGGUUCAUUCAUGUAGCAGGUACAUUCUCUGUCAAUUUCUGUGGGUCAAAUGUAGUGCAUCAAUUUUUCUGUGAUGUUCCGUCACUGCUUAUACUCGCUUGUCCCGGAGAACUGAUUUUAGAGUAUUCAUUUAUUAUUGCUAGCUGUUGUUUUGCUUUUGUAUUUUUCACCUUCGUGGUUGUUUCUUAUGUUCACAUUUUCUCUGCUGUUCUCAGAAUUCCUUCUGCAAAGGGCAGAGUGAAAACAUUCUCUACCUGCAUGCCCCAUAUUACUGUGGUGACAUUGUUUCUCUUUUCUGGGUUUAUUACAUAUUUAGCAAAAAAUCUGGAGUCUUCAUCUUCACUGAAACUGUUGAUAUCUGUGCUUUACACUGUGCUACCACCAGCUUUGAAUCCUCUCAUCUACAGCCUGAGAAACAGGGACAUGCAGAGUGCGCUAAGCAAAGUGAUAGCUAGAAAGAUGCCCAGGAUAUUUCCUUGA